AUGCAUUUCUCCAGCAGAGUUUUCAUUUUGGCACUGGCAUCACUUGCCGAACGCGCUCUAGCAUCCACAGUCUACAUGCGCAACAACACUCAAGUCGGACUUUCUCCUGACGGUUCAUCAUACACACGUGUAUCCGCCCUCAAGGCUCGCGAAGUCACCUUUGGAAACUGUGGUUGCAACAUUAUUGCCCCGGAAGAUAGGGGUUUAUGCGCACGCAUCUCAUAUACGGGUGUUAACGUGUACUUCUACAAAGAAGCGGGAUGUAAUGGUACGAAGCCUUUGCUGGAUUAUCGGGGUCCAGCGCAGGAUAUUUUCACGUGUGGGCAGUCGACUUGGGAUAGUUCCAGUAUCAGGAUCGAUUGCUAG